CACAAAUCGCCUCCAGAAGCUCUCAAAACCCUCUCUCUCUCUCGUCUUCUCUCUUCCUCAGAUCUAGAUCCAACCCUUUUUAAAGCCUUCAAAUACAAAUUCCUUUCUCCUAUAUAUAUACACAUAUAUAUAAAAGAUUUGACGUUUGAGUCAUUCUCACUGAUAUAAAGGGGAGUGAAAGCCAACAAUGGCGGAACAAGUCGUGGAAGGAAGCCAACCGGUGGAUCUCGCGAAGCAUCCUUCGGGGAUUGUUCCAACCCUCCAAAAUAUCGUCUCAACGGUCAAUUUGGACUGCAAGUUGGAUCUUAAGGCCAUUGCACUCCAAGCUAGAAAUGCUGAAUACAAUCCUAAGCGUUUUGCAGCAGUUAUAAUGAGAAUAAGAGAACCAAAAACCACAGCAUUGAUAUUUGCAUCUGGCAAGAUGGUUUGUACUGGGGCUAAGAGUGAACAACAGUCGAAACUUGCAGCAAGAAAGUAUGCUCGAAUCAUCCAGAAACUUGGUUUCCCAGCAAAGUUUAAGGAUUUUAAAAUCCAGAAUAUAGUAGGAUCCUGUGAUGUUAAAUUUCCCAUAAGGCUUGAAGGACUUGCAUAUUCCCAUGGUGCUUUCUCAAGUUAUGAACCAGAACUAUUCCCAGGCUUGAUUUAUCGCAUGAAGCAACCAAAGAUUGUGCUGCUCAUCUUUGUUUCAGGAAAAAUUGUCCUUACAGGGGCGAAGGUAAGGGAUGAGACCUACACAGCCUUCGAAAACAUAUACCCGGUUCUUACAGAGUUCAGGAAGAAUCAACAAUAAUAAUGCGUCCGAGGACUCGAUCAUAAUGACUAAGUAUUGAAAAUUUUGGCAUAUGUUUGUCCAAAAAUCAAUGCCCAUAAAAGGUAUACACAAUGUCAAGUGUGUCUUCAAUGGCUUCACUGGAUUCAAUUCUGUGGGCAGAUCAAAUUAGGAAGAGCAGCCGAAGACAAAUUUGCUCUUGGAAUGUUUGCUGUAAUGAUAGCCGCGCCCGAAUUGAAUUGUAAAUAUGAAAGGGAAUUGUGUCACAGUUGACUGGUUAAUCUCUUUUCGCUGAACAGUUGACUGGUUUUACCUAUGCUUGUCUGAAGAUAAAAUGAAGACCAAAUAAUUGCUCUU